AUUUUACCAGUGUGUAUGGGGUAUUUGCCGGUCAUGAGUGCUGCGCGCGAAGGCGUACAAAUAGGCGCCACGUAAUGAUGCUGCAGCACCACGCCAGCGUACGCCAGAGCGUCGAUGUUGGGCGUCGGGAUCUCAUUCGAUCCGUGGAAACCGACAUCAUCCCAGCCCUGGAAGAAAAGCGCAUCCAUAAUAGCAGGCCCAAGGAAUUAAUAUUAUGGUUAAUGACCUUACCAUUAGCCAUACAUGAGGGUAUACAGGAUAUCUACAGACCACAGAACCUCAAUCAAAGUACGCCUCGCUCAAGCACAGUCAGCUCAGGACAAAGCGUCGUUUCUGUCACGGUCACAUUCAAUGGGACAAAGUGAGUAAUAUGAUUUUAUUAGUUCAAUUAAAGUUUAUAAAUAAAGUAUGUACUUGUACUUAUCUCUUAUUUAAUCUCACUUAGGUGCAAGACUGAGGGAAUAACACUUACCUACCUACUUACUUCAUUGUAAGAUUGUUUACACUGUUUGAAUGAUAAUAAUAAAAUGUGAUACAUAAACAAUAUAAUGCUUUUCAAUGUUAUGUUAAUCUCUGUUACUACAAAUACUUAAAUCUGACUUUGUUUAACAAACACACUGCACUUAUUCACUGCACACGAUUCGCUUACCAAGUCAUCGGCAAUAAUGAGCACUAUGUGAGGCGGGUUCGAUUCCCGUGCUGUGCAUAUCACGAGCGCACUCGCGGCGAGUAGAGCGCGGACAAACAUUUUGACUGUGUUUUGACGGAGGGCUCCGCUGGAGUGACGGACGUGUUGUUAAAACGGACGGAGGAGCGUUAUCACUGCCGGAAUUGGUGGGGACACCAGAAUUAUUGCUAGAUAUGUACAUAGGUACCUAUAACCUAAACCGCUUUGGCCGGCAGUCGCUGCUCCCCUCUUCUUAAUUUUUAAUUUGACGUUUUUACGCUUUGUUACGUACCUAAUAUAAUUUUGUUUGUUGACAGAUUAAAAUCCCUUUAUCAAAGUAAUUUAAAAUACACUUACAUAACUAACUUACAACCGUACCUACCUCUAGCCUUAUUUCACGGUUACCAUGCCAGUGCCACGGUUCGACCCACGAAAGUUCAAACCCAGGACCUCUGUGUAGGAGACACCUUGAAAAUCAAAUAAAGGUACACUGCGACCAGGGACACUCCACCACAAAAGUCGUCUUUACUAAUAUUAUUAAGAGGAAAGAUUUGAUUGUUUGUUUGUUUUGAAUAAGCUCCGAAACUAUUGGACGGAUUUGAAAUUUUUGAAAUGUGUCUUCUAUCUAAUAUAAAUCGUCAAGAAGACCGCUAAAGAAGUAGAUAUUUUCUAUAUAUGGGUAAUGGGUGCCUGAAAUAAAUAAAUUAUUAUUAUUACAGACAGAUACACACGACACAGAAGAUAGACACGUCAAACUUAUAACAUCCACCAAUAUGACCAAUACGACCCAAAAACCUUCAUAAAAAGAGCGUACUCCUUCCUUAAAGGCCGGUAUCGCAUUUGUGAUACUCCUGGUGUUGCAAGUGUCCAUGGGCGACGGUGAUCACUUACCAUCAGGUGAGCCGUCUGCUCGUAUGCCCCCUAUAACAUAAAAAAAAAACAUCUUUUUCCGUCGGGGCCGGGGGUUAAAAAAAGAAGUUUCUUAUUUGAGCAACCUAAUAUUUGUUUGAGUCUUUGGUUUGAGUCAACAAUUCAAUGCUACGUUCUGCACUUAUUAUUAUUGAUAAAUGAUUUAUUAACUUAAAAAGACCGGCGUCUUAUAGUGUUUCGAAUAGAAAAACCUUCAUGUAAACAUGUAACCUAUGAGGUGGUGAUGGACAAGACAUAUGUCAAUAUCAACUUUUAUACCUACUUUUUAAUAUCCAAUCUUCGAAAGUAAUUUUUUUCAGACCUUAAAUAAUAUCCAAAUUGAAAACCCAUCGGCGCAGCGCGGGCCGGAUGUGGCCCACGGGACGUACUUUGUCCACCACUGCAUGAGUGAUUAAUUAAUGUUGUGUUUUUACUAUAGAAUUGUGUGCACUCUGUGCUAAAUAAAGGACUGUCAAGCGUGUACUGCGACAUUAUAAUUUCGAACCACGUAACAUUAAGAUCGCAUCUCAAACUUAUUAUUACACAGGCCCACAAAAAAAGUACCCUGCGCGAAAGACCAGUCUACCUGAACUUUAUGUUUUCGGGGUCGCUGAGACCAAUUAAGGUGCCAGAAUAGCGAAGUUGGUUCACGUUUUUUCAGAAAUCAGCAAUAAUGCUGAAAAUUUAAGUUUUUCGUACAACAUGGUUUAUGUUGUUAAAAAAACGCGAACCAACUUCGCUAUUCUGGUACCAUAUUUGGACUCAGCGACCCCGAAAACAUAAACUACAGGUAGUCUAGUCUUUCGUGCAGGGUAUUUUUUUUUUGGGCCUGUUUUAUCGUUGACAACUUACCCGAGCGAUGCUCUCUACCACUAAAGGUCCAUCACACAGCUUCCAUCCGCAUGCGUUGUCCAUUUUGUUGUUAUUCUUUUCAAUUCCGCUAAAUACUGUUUCUACUGAGCGGAGAUGAGAGGUGUAUUUUGAGCAAAGUCAUUGGUAUUUUUUUUUUAAAUUGCUCAGCUCCGCUUAAAUGGGACCCAGCCUUACAACCGUGUACAUAACUGAAGAGAGAAGUUUAUCGAGAAAACUCAAUCGGUACAUUUCGUGCCAAACAUACUAAGUUUAAAGUAAUAUUCGCAUUCUAAUGUAAAAAGAAAGGAAAUAAAACGAUACUAAAGAGGAGCCUGUGUGGACAUAGUAUUCUUUGUCUUCUCAUAACGGAAGAAAAAUAUCUGUCACCGUCACACACGUCAUGUCAAAUUGGUCAAAGUCAGCCGGUGUUGUUUCAGGUGGUUUCGUUCGUCCAUGCUCAAAGUUUUAUAGUUUUAAUUUAGUUUUAUAAAAUUAUAUUUGUCGGCAAAUUGAAUUUGAGAUGGAGGUGUUUUCAUUUUUCUUCUACAUAAUAUUUCAAGUACUUUGUUUAGGCAUAAUCCUGCUGUUAAUGAUAUCACUGAUAAUUUAUUUUGUGACAAAUCCUUACCCAAUCAUUGAACACUUUGAAGAAGAGAAAACAUACAGAGACAACAAAACGAAAACUAGAAUGAAAUUUCCAAGUAUUGAUGAUCCUCAGAGUAUAAAUUUGAGUAUUGUAGUUCCAGCAUAUAACGAAGAAGAAAGAUUGCCUGCAAUGCUAAAUGAAGCUCUGCAAUUCCUCGAAAACAGACUGCAACAAUACCCAACAUAUAAAUAUGAAAUAAUAAUAGUCAGUGAUGGUAGCAGAGACAAAACUGUAGAAGUAGCUGAAAACUAUAUGGACAAGUAUGGCAGUGAAAAGCUUAGAUGUUUGGAGCUGAUUAAAAAUAGAGGGAAGGGGGGUGCCGUCCGAUUGGGUGUACAAAGUUCAAGAGGUUCGUUAAUACUAUUUGCUGACGCUGAUGGAGCUUCAAAAUUUGAAGAUAUAUGUAAACUUGAAGAAGCUUUAAAAGAUAAGGUGAAAUAUGACUAUUUUAAGGAGCCCAACAUGGUAGAGAACUGUCACGGCAUUGCUAUUGGUUCUAGAGCACACUUGGAAAAGGAGUCAUUAGCAAAGAGAAGUAUAUUUAGAAAUAUACUAAUGUUCGGGUUCCAUUUUUUGGUGUGGCUAUUCACUGUGAAAGGUAUCAAAGAUACACAGUGUGGGUUUAAACUCUUCACUAGGAAGUCAGCUCGAACUUGUUUUAAGAAUCUCCACGUGAAUAGAUGGGCGUUCGACGUCGAACUACUGUACAUUGCCCAAAAACUGAACAUUCCAAUAACUGAGAUUCCUGUAAGAUGGACUGAAAUAGAUGGUUCUAAAGUAACACCUGUUUUGUCUUGGGUGCAGAUGGGUUGUGAUCUUGGACUGAUCUGGUUGAAAUAUACUAUAGGUGCUUGGAAGUUAAGGCAUAAGACGGAUUGAGAAUCAACAUGCAGUGUAAAUUAUAAAACUUUCCUAAAACAACAUUAUUAAUUUUUGUCAUUAUAAUUCUACGAUUGUGAGAUCAAUUUUUUUCAUUGUUUCAACACAGCUCUAAAAUGUUGCAAAACUGUCAUUGCUCUAAGUACUUCAACAGAUUACAUUCAAUUAAUACAAGUAGAAAUAAAAAAAAUAUAAAUACAGGUAGUAAUAAAUCUGCUAUGAUAGCAGAAAGGGCUAAUUUAUAAUGAAACAACGAUUUAUUGAAAAAAACAUAUAUUUAUAAAAUGCAUUGCAAUCCUUCAGCUUGGCUGUAUGACAACAAGUUAAAUAAAUAGAAUAUUGCAAAGACACAGAUCAAUAGUAGUUAAGAGUUACAUACAACAGUUACAAUCAAACCAUUUAAAUUGAUAAAAAUAUGUUUGUUUCGAGUUCAUUAAAUGAACUCUACAAUGAUUGGUACAAAUAACUUAGAUUUAUACACUUUCUUAAUUAUAUGCAAUAGGCCAUCGACUUUGGGAUCAUAAGAACUGCAGUUACAGGAUUUAACUUAAAAAUAUACAUGAAAUAAUUUAUGCCACUUUGGGUAUCCAUUGAAUCUUGUUAAGGUUAAAUGGUAAAUAUUAACUUUGAAAGAAACACAUCAGCUUAACAUUAAAAGUAUGAUGGUCCGGCUUAGAUUAAAACAAAAAGGGAAGAUACGGCACUCCCGGCUCAAAAGGGAUCCGCUUAAAUUGUGGUGCAUGACCACAAUUCGCUUUAGUCACAAUUGCACAUUCAAACACGCUGCAUGUGCACUCAAUAUAACAAUAUUGCGUAUAUUCUGUGUUUUAAAGAUACAAUAAUAGAAUAAGACAAUGCCUUCGAUGCUUUUAUAAAUAACACAAAUAGUUCAAGAUCAAAUUUCACGGCAACGGCACUUGUUAUCAAGAAAAGGAGAACAAUACAGAUCAGCCGAUUGUAGAGAGAAAAGAAAACGCAGUCGCCAAGCCAAGCGACACGUUCUCACCGUUUCGCUCGCGCUGCGUUGCGUUGAAGCGUACAGUUCUGUCACGCUCGCUCGAUUGAAUGUUUAUUUACAGAAGUGUGCGUACGUGAGAGUUGCUUAUGUACUUAGUUGAUUCGUAGCAUUUUAGUUGAUGCUAGUAUGAGCGUACCGUAUAUUCCCUUUUUGGUUUGGUGUGACUAUACGCUUCAUCAUGCCUGCGCAAUCUAAAUGUGCAGGCAUGACUGUACAUAAAGACUGAACACUGUACAGUGGCCACACGUACAGGUAAGCUCGCACUAACUGCACUGCGCAAACCUCAUUGUAUUUUAAGAACUCGUAACGUCAGAAUGUGACAAGGGGAAUAAGUUUUUUUUUAUGUGAGCUUAGUUUUAUUGUUUAGUGAUAAAAAAGCAAUAAACAAACGCAUUCCUUCGAAUAACUUCUAACAUCACUAAUUUUUAUUAAAAUUUACGACGUGGUGCGUAAACUGGUUUGCGCAGGCAUGCUCGCAGGAAGGACUGAGCGUAGCCGGGCCACAAUUUAUACUAUGUAUAGGAUAUGAAUAAAAAAAAGACCAUUCUGUAACAUUUUCUAAAUAGAAAUAAAUUAGUUUUUGCCUCUCCGAUAGUAAAAAAAAAUAAAAUAUAAAAAUUUGGCAAAAUGAGUUACAUUUAAUUUGAGAUUUAUUAUUUUACUCUUGUACAAAAAUACCUUUACAAAUCUUAAGAUUAGGCGCUAAGGUUCAUAAAUAACAGAAUCCUAAUAUUAUUGAUUAUGUAUAGGCGUGCGAUAAAAAAUAUGCUAUAAAUCUUUGCUAUUCAGAGUUAAGACGAAGAUCCUGAAUUUGAACUUAGUACAUCAUCGAGAAAAUAACUGUAUUGAAACAACCAAGCAGUCCGCUUGCAGUUAAAUUGCAGUCGACUAUGAACAGGAGACUGCGGUUAAUAAACACAAACUUUACAAGUCGAUUAUGUACUUAUUAAAUUGUUAGGAUUUUUAUACCUAAAGAUAUUAUACUUACUUAGGUAUCUACAGCAAAUUUUUCUUUCUUUUACAAUGUCAAGAGGUGGCCUCGGUACUCGGUAGUAUAAUGGUCAAAUCAAUCGCUUAUAGAGCGAUGGAUAUUUAUUUGUUAAAUUCCAGCCUGCAAACUGGGCUGUUUACAGUCCGCGUUGAUAUCCCAAACCAGUAGAGGUUCCAGUACCUCUCUUAAAGUUUGGUUAAUUGUAUUAUUUUUUUCUAGUACAAAUUUUCUUUAUAAAUUCAUGUCAAAAACGAAUAUUUAUUUUUAAUUAAGAGUUAUAACUAUAGGAUUCCGUUGUUUCCAAGGGGCUAUUAAUUCAUAUUUUUACACAUUCUCCGUCAUUGUGCGUACAUCAAUAUAAGAUAGUAGUACAAACUCACUUUCUUCUUAACAAGUUUGUGACAGGUUUGAAUAGUUAGGUACGGUUAUUUACAAUUUUAAUAUUUACAUAUAGUAAACCAUUACAAAAUUUUGGAAUCUAGUUUCAAUCCGAUGUUCUGAACUGCGUAUGAAGUUGUCUGGUGAUCACACUAAUAUUGUUAAGGCGAAAGUUUGUGAGUGUGUAUGUUUGUUAGUUCUUCACGUCUAAACGAAUGGAGCGAUUUUAAAAAAUUUGGUAUGGACUUAGCUGGCAUCCUGGAUUAAUGGAUACGUUUUACUGCAGGAAAAUAUCCCUAAUUAAGCGCGGGUAACACCGCGGGGCACAGCUAGUGAGUUAUAAAUGCAACUGUAACAACUCUCCCGGACGCAUCUAUCGGCGCACUGAAGUCUGUAGCAAAACUAUAAGUUAGGUCGAGCAAUAAUAAUAUAUUAAAACAAAUAAACACAAAUCGAUGGUACACAAAUCAGCUUCAAAACUGCAUAAAACUUUUUUGCUCAAUGUCACUUUAUUUUUAGCUUGGGACCGUCAAAUCAAAACUUAAAAUGCUCGGUGGGCCGAUACAUGUGUCUGGAAGUAUAUUUAUUAUCUUAAUAAAUGUAUGGGUUAAUACCCACACCUGCUAAAAGAAGAAAUGAUGUCAUGGUGCGUGGCUUUGGAGGACAUUUUAGUUGUGGUAAUUUAAAGAAAAUAUAUAGGUGGGUACUCAGUAUUGUGUUUAUAGACUAGCCUCUUACAUAUAUUACAACUAACAGUUUCAACUUCAGUUUAUUACAUUGAACACCACAAUAUGAAAGUGCGUUAAGAUUUCAUAAGAUUCUUAUUAAAAUCGGUAUCUUGAGCGUAUGCUUAAGAGCAAUACCCAGAUGAUUUCUUAAAUUGAGGAGCUGGCGAACAAAACGGUAUAAUUACGCAUCUGCUCAAACUUCUUUUUUUAUUUUACAGUCUGGAGGUUUCGGGCCCGUUGAAUUUGAAUCUAAAAUAAUUUUCAAUCAAAACCACCUAAAACAAUGUUAAAAUUACUAAAUUUAUAAAUUACAAACCAUGCCAAAACCUCACUGUAAGUAUGUCAUUCAGUUUUAUACAGCUCCUAUAGUAUUUAAUUUUAUGUAAUUAUAACGUUUUGUUCGGCAGCUCCUCAAUUGUUAAAAUGAGACGAAAACGCCAUACGUAGUGUAUACUACACAAUACAAUAUUAUUCAGCACACCAUAAUCAGACUCGCAGCGUAAUUUAACGAUGCUGUAAUGCGUCUCUAAACCUAAAAUUGAAUUAUCCUGGUCAUGUUCUAUACAGAAUGAGAAGGAGAGACUGCUAUUAAAUUUCGAGUUCCAAGCACGAACUUUGACAGCUCCGUAAUCGUAUCGCAUCGUCAAAGUUUCUAUAAAAACUAAGCAGUAAGAACAAACUGGCACUUUCUAUACAAAAUUUGACGAUGACGACACGAUUACGGAUGCGUCAAAGUUUGUGAUUGGGCCUCAGGUCAAUGUUGCUAUAUUUCAAUAUCGGACGCUAACAAUUUUAAUAAGUAAUAAAAGCUUGUAAAAAAUAGCUCAGAAUUCGUGACUCGGUGUGGGUACAUCGAUCGUUUCAUAUCAAAAACAUCAAGCUAUUGUCGACCAAAUUCUACAGUAUAUAUGAGCAAGAUCAGUAAGUUCCAACAAUUUUGAAUUCUAUUACAAAAGAUUAUGGUUGAUAAGAGUCUACAUUGAGCGUUUCGAACCCUUUAACGUUGACUCAAGUUAAACCUGGUUUAAAACUGAUGCUGUCACUUUUGUUCGCUAAAUAGAAGACGGAGACAGCAUUAGGUUUAAACCAUGACUAAAUUUAGUCAGUGUUUUGGAAUAGGCCAGCAGAAGUCUUAGACGAAAAAGAAUGAGAUAAAAGGUACUCGUAUACCUUACUACACGAUUGUAUAAAAAUAUUUACCCGCAGAUCUGUCACGAGCUAUACCCAUGGCGGCAACGGUUACGGCCAACACUGGACGGAAAAGAGAAACAUUUUGUUAAUUUUGUCUGGGCUUUAUAUCUAUGUGCUACCCAGGAAAAUAAACAUUGAACUAAGACAAACUAGCAACGAGACCAGACUUAAGACUAUGCUGCUAAAGCCUAACAAAAAUAAUGGCUCUAGUUUAAAAACGUUUGCAUUCAAUUCCAAGGACAUAAUAACAACUACUAUAAAAAUCUCUGGAUGAACUGUAACUAAUCUGCUUCAUGCAUUUUUACAUUAUGUCAACUUCGCUUUGGCAAAAUAAAUCAAGUAUUUAUUUUAUUGAGUUAAAUAAGCAUUAUAUUAUAUAUUUAUUAUAUUUAUCUGUUUUCAUUAACAAGUAAGGCCUCUAAUCCACAAACGAAGUAUUCAUCUAGGACGACAUAUAAUACACCCAGAGCUUAAAAGCUUUCGGGCUAAAAGAGAUACUUUAAUAUGGCGGCGAGUCAUAAUAGAAAUAGAUUUUAUAAAUCGCAGUGACUACAGUUGCACUGAGGACUGCAUAUCUCCAAAAAAUCUCAAUUAAUAAUAUAAAGGGUCAUUAUCAUUAAAUAUUACAGUCAAUAUAUUCAUUGCUUUGCAAUGGGAAGCAUUUAUGUUUAUUCAUAAAGUGACUUAUAAAAAUUAUACUACUAUAGAAAAGCAUAAAGUGUGAAAGAAUUACCCAAAAAUCAGGGCCACUUCAUUUUUAGUUCAAUAUUCUUUCGUAUAAUAUGUAUUUCUAUAUAUUGAAUGUAGGAGAUAAUUCGUUUUUAAUUUGAUUAUUUUCACUUGCGUAAUUUUCUUAGAAUGUUUCUCCAAGAAAUAAAAAAAUAUUAACCUAUUCUCAAUGUCAAACUGAAUAGGCAAAAAUAGUUGUAACGGUGCUUAACUGCCUGUCUAGCAGUAUACAUACAUACAAUUUGAAAGUCGUUGCUUAAAGUAGCUACUUACAUACAUACAUACUAGAGUAAAAAUCGUAUAUUAUAUUUGCUUUUAUAUGUAGCAGUAUCUACGAUACAUCGAAUGACUAAUUUAGUUGCGCAAUUAAGUUAAAAUUAGAAUUGAUAUCUUAAUGAUACCUAAAAAUACCGCACCUACAACUGGAUGACUGGAGAAUUUUUAAUAAACAAUAACAAAUAUUGUUGAUGGUUUUCGAAUUGUUUGGAAUGUUAAGCAGUUAACAACUAUGACAAAUCAGUCAUUUACCAAGAAAAGUAGUUGAAUUUGUUGACCAUUAUGUUCAAAAUUAUUUACGAAAGUUGAGACUAACGACUUAUCAAUACUGUACCUAAAUAAAUACAAACAUACAAAGUUCAACUGCUUCAUCGAGAAUAAAUCAUAAGCACUAAGUACUACUUACUCACUUAAAAUUAAGUACACCGCACUAAUUUUAUGAUUUUAUUCCCAAAAGCACAUAAUACAAUAAUUACAAUAUCAAAGAGUUGUAUUAAAAUAUUUAAAAGGCUAUCUAUCAGUUAUUAUUGCUCAAUUAUGUCAGCAAAAUAGUCUCAAUCUCAAGGAAUUGAAAUAUAUGGGUAAGUACAUAAAAGUAAAGUAAAGUAAGUUCAGUUAAGUUGAAGAACCCAAGUUUUCUGAAACUCCUAAGAAUUUAUUAUAUGCAACGGAGUUUAUAAUCAAAGGUUUCCAGGUAAAGGUGUAAGUAGAAUAGAAACAAUAAAAUAAUAAAAUAGAUAUAAUAAUAAAAAAAAACCUAGAAGCAAACUGGAAUAAGAACAAGUAACGUAAAAAAUAAUACGCCUAUCAUGCCAAUAUUAUAAAAAACGAGUGAGUCUUACAGAAGUCGCGUAUGAUGUGUAACAUUUGAAACCUCGCCUUAUAUUAUUAAAAAUAGAAAUAAAACCUACUACAAAAGGAAUAAGCCAUUUGAACAUUACGUUCUAAAAUCAAAUUAAAUAGCGCGCGCUUCCCAAGCUUCCUGUUAUACACUUCCGUCUCACUUCACGUAAUCACUCCCACAAAUUGCACGAAAACGAGAGGAAAGAUGUUACACAUCAAUAAUAGCUAUAAAUACUAGAUAUUAUACAAAAUGACUAAAUUCUGGUGAUGGUUCUGGCAUGAUUUUCUAAACUUAAAACUAAAUUUAACAUCAGUCUCUCCUUCCCAUUCUGUAUAGAGAGUUUCAAGGAUACACUGGUGUCGAUUCUAGCAUGAUUCUCUAAACCUAAACUUAAAUUUGACAGCAGUAUAUCCUUGUCAUUCUCUAUACAGAAUAAAAAGGAGAGACUGAUGUUAAAUUUAGUUUUAAGUUUAGAGAAUCACGCCAGAAUUGGCACCACUGCUGUCAAAUUUAGUAUUAGGUUUAUAGAAUCCAGAAUCGACACCAUUAGAUAGUUUAUUUGUGUUCAAAAACUAUAAGUUAUAAAAACUGAGACUACAUUAAUUUGCUAUGAGAGCUGAUUAUACAAAAUAUAGGAAAAUUUAAUUCUUCUGUACGUAAAUUAUGAGUUUGCUUUUUUCGAUUACUUUGAAUCCUGGGCAGUUGAAGAUUAAGAGCGGAAUCGAGCUGGGAGACAUUUGAGAAAUAGGUUGCUGCCGAGCAUUGUCAAAUACCGUGAGAUAGGGAUAACAAUAGCUAACGCUGAAAAUUGCGUACAAAAAUUGCAAAAUUCAUGUUUGGCUCUCGAAGAUUUCCUCCUCGAAAAUUAGAUAUAAUGUAAAAUAAAUUUUACCCAUAGAAUAAUGAGUCGUUAUACUAGGCAUCUAUGUUUUGCUUUUUUGCAAAUGCUUAUUGAUGCACCACACUAGACGCUUUGCGUGGUAAAAAUUGUUUAUUUAUGGCAUUUUUGAGGGCUUCUAGAUUCUUUAAAAUACAAUUUAUCAAAAAAAGAAAGACAUAUAGGAGCAUAGAAUGAGUAUAUUUUACUUACUAUAUUUUAUGUAUUAAAAUAAUUUCUUUCGUGCUAAAAUCAAGAAGAAAUCAAUCGAGAACGUAAAAAAACUUUUCUGCCUCCCCUCUUAAAUACAAACGUAGAAGCUCAAUAAGCGUCAAAGUUAAUUUCCGUAAUACCGGGUUUUUUACGAAAAAUAUGACUGCUCUCAGUUAAAAUAAGCAUAAUUUCGUCAGUUUAUCUGAAUAAAACGGCACCUAUAGCUCAAAGAAACUAUUUGUACAAACGGAUACAAUAAAAAGGUUCAAAAAACAAUGAAUUGACAAUUUGUUUUUUUUUCACAUUAACUGCUUUUGGGAAUACCGUAAAAUUAGGACCUAGUACUAUCUGUAAAACAAGGAAUAUUCAUGAAGAAUAAAAAAUAAUAAUAACAAAAUUAAGGUUACUUGUGGAAUAAUAACAAUACCAUAGUCCUUCAGGAUCUUAUACCUUUAGUCCAAACACCAUUUUCAGGAAUUGUUCAUAAUGUAUAGUGAUAACUCCAUCUUGAUCAGUGUCAAAUUGACGAAACGCUGAUGUGAGAGUCUGGAAACAUGUAUGAGAAACUUAAUCUAGGCAUCUAAGAAAUUGUUAAAAUAAACUGUUAUAUUUUUAUAACAAUUAAAUGAUUUAUAUUUUAAAUAUGGAAAGCACAUUGAAUAGCCUUUAGAAAUAUCAAUAAUACUUACAUAGAGUGUUACACAGCACUGAAUAAAAUCAUCAAAUAGUAUGGUUCCAUUUCCAAAUCUAUCAAACUUCUGUACCAUAAUACUGACCACUUCAUCUGAUAAUCUGUAUCCAAAUGCAGUGAGGGCAUUUCUUAGUUCUUGUCGGUCAAUAUUACCGGAAUUAUCACGAUCGAACGAUUUGAAACAAUUCUGCCAGUCACUAACAUAUUUCCAUAGUGCUCCAAAAUCUUCGAAUGUAAUAGCACCUCUAUUUUGCUUGUCGAACAUUCCUGCGAAUCAAUAUUGCUUUAGUAAACUUUGUUUCUUUAUUAUACAGGACAUUUGAUAAAAAAUAAAAUUAAUCAUUUAAAUAGGCACAUACCGAUCAUUAACCGAACAGUUUCCGGAUUAAACGGGUUCCAUGUACCAUUGGAAAGCGCUUGUUGCAGCUCAUCUGCUGAAAUAUAGCCACUACGAUCUCUAUCCACUCUGAA